CGCAGCCAUGCUGAGAAGGUUCUCCGCACAUAGGUAGUUCUCCUCUCUUCCCAAGCCCCAUUUUAUGAGGCGGCAGCGCGGGGGCUUGCUUCCGGCAGUUUGGGGGAGGUCAAAGGUUGCCGUCAUGCUAUCCGUCUGUCAAGGCUCCUGCGUCUCUCUGCUCUCCUUAUCUCUGGUAUUUUAACCCUGUUUAAGCCUUGACAGCAAGCCGUACUACCGUAGGAAGGAUAGAAACGGCGAUCGCCGGGAGCCAUCUUAGGAAGGUCGUUUCCGCACCCCUGAGCCAAGGGAGGCUCUCCCAACGACCACUGGGGUGAGGUGGUCAAGUGCAAGGAUCGUUAUGUAACUGUGGGCUGAGGCUGCUGCCAUCUUGAGAAGGACUCCCCCCCCCCGCUUCUUGGAAGGACCACCAUUUUGUAGCAUUGUGUUUCAUGGACUCUAUAGUGGCCAUAGCUCACUCAUAACGGCAGCCAACUGACAGUUUGGAUGCUGGCUGGACAAAAGAGGCUCUUCUCUUUGCACAAAUCCUUUACUCAUUCAUUACUGCUUGUGGAGGAGACCUAUGGAGUCCCUGUGCGAUUUUUAUGCCUUACAAAAUGCAUCCUUUCAUUUACACGUGGCCAUAAUCUGACAACUACAGGUAGAAAGGACAAGAUUACUGGAGUCGCAAUGAUAAGGGAUUAUUCCAAGGUGUGGUCAGUUAAGACUGCAGGGAGAAAUUUCUGCAAAUAAAUAUCGUGAAUGGGGUGGUAGAUGCUGAAAGAACAGCUAAGCAGACUCCACCGGGACAAUAACCACCAGCUCUUGGAUGUGCUCCUUCCCUGGUGCACGGAUCCUGCAAAGGUUGCUUGGAUUAAGUAGCCGAGCCCAGCAGUCUCUUCUCUGGUUGGCAUCAGAGUUGGAUGAUCCAGGGCUGCCCGGACCAUGCUGAGUUUCUGCUCUUCCCAGAUUGUGCUCCUCCUCGUGUUGCUGAGAGGUACCAAUAAAAAUUCUGCUCAACAAGACUGCGGCCAGCCUGAAGUGAAGCACACCGCUCGUUUAAUUGGGUGGCAGGAAGCUGAUGAAGGGGAAUGGCCGUGGACCGUCAGCAUCCGAAGGAACAGGCUACAUGUGUGCGGUGGAAGCCUGAUCUCAUCCCAGUGGGUGGUGACAGCUGCCCAUUGCUUUGAAGGGCCACUGAAUGUACGUGAGUACAGAGUAAACCUGGGGGAAUAUGAGCUCUCUGCACCCACGGCUGCCAUGUUCUCAGCCAAUGUCAGCCAGAUCAUAGUGCACCCGUUUUAUGCUGGAAUUGGCCUUAGUGCCGAUAUUGCUCUGGUGCAGCUGGCAAACAAAGUAGUUUUCUCCAAAAUGAUUUUGCCUGUCUGCCUCCCAAAUAUUUUUGAACCUCUUGUCUUCUACGAAGGGAUGCUGUGCUGGAUUGCUGGCUGGGGCGUCCCCUUUAAAGGAGUCUCCCAUGUCACUCGGACCCUACAGAAGGUGGAAGUGCUGCUUCUAGAAACUGAAGAGUGCAACGCAAUCUAUCACAACAUAAGUAAUGACAAGACCAUCCCCAAGAGCUACAGGUUCAUCUAUGAUGACAUGAUCUGUGCUUGGUAUCCAGCAGUUGGGAAUUAUGCCUGCUUUGUAAGAAUCACGAACCAGGGUAUUAUAGCAAUGGUGUGGGAUAUUGCAGGGGCGGGGACAGGAGCAGCCUGUGAGGCUGCGAUGGCAGAAAUGCUGGUGACUCAGGAGGACCUCUAG